ACGAGAACGUUAAGGAGGAGGGUCGUGCCUCUUAGACCUCUGUCGCUCUCACCACGUGCCCACUCUCUCUCGCUCUGACUGACUCGAGACUUAGUGUUAUUCAGAAUCAUUAUGAAUGGCCCUGGAUCGAGGAAUGUGGUGGAUGAGUGACGUGCUUGUCUAAAUAAAAGAUAAUAAUUUUUAGUUUUCCCCGAUCAAAAAAUGUAUUUUCCGUGUGAUGAUGCUCAUGGAUGAUUAUAUCGCUGCGAAAAAUCAUUGAAACUAAUAUAAACUAUAAUAAAACAUUGCGGAGGGAGAUUUACAUAGCAAAGACUGUGCAGUUAGAGUGAGAGGAUAAACUAUCAGUGGAAAGGGUGAGAGAGAGAAAAAUCAAGAUGGAAGUGAAGAAGCGCCUAGUUAUCGUAAUGGUGCUUGUGGCCGCCUUACUUCCUUCGGGGACUUCCGCUUCCCAUGAACUGCAGCGUGGAAUGCCCAACGUGUGCGAAUACGAGCGGGAGGAGACCAUCGAGGUGCGAGUGCCCCGAGUGAGGGCCUUCACCGCCGCCGUCAGGGUGUACCGGCCGGGCUGCUUCCUCAACAUCCCCUCCUGCAUCACCCACGAGAGGAGGACCCAGUACAAAACAGUCAACCAAUUCGAGGAGGAAGUCGUCACGCUGCGCAUCUUCAGGUGCUGCCCCGGCUGGACCACCAAGGCGGUGGACGUGGACAAGGGCGGCAAGAGGCACGCGGAGGACGAGGAGGACACCUCUUACAGCACCGGCUGCUUCAUCCGGGAGGAGGAAGCCAACGACACGAGCGAGGUGAUCCACGAGGGAAAGGUCUACCGCCUGCGCGACGGCGGCGCGGAGGUGGAGGAGGACGCGGCCAACAGCACCAGCGAGGAGGAGCUCGUUCUCCCGAAGUUCACCCUGACGGCCAUCAUCGACGACGAAGACGCCGACGACAACGUCACUUCGCACAACGCGGCAGAUGACGCCACGACGGCGGAGCAAUCGGACGCGAGCUCCACGCCUCGCCUCUUCCACCACCGCCGCCGCCACGCCCGCCAUCGCCACCACCCGGCGCCCUCGGAGACGCCCUCCCUCGAUGCGCUACCCAAAUACCACCCCCUCCACCGCCGCCGCCACCAGUUCAGGGGCGACCGCCACCACCGACGCCAUCACCGACAUCGUGCACCGACGAGUCGAGAUGAGGACGUCGAGGCCAACACGACCAUCGUCACCGACUACAACGCCAACACCCGACGACAGAGGUCUCACAAGAAGGACGAAGGCUACGACGCCUACAGCUACACCAUCAUUCUGACGGAUAGUAAAAAGGGCGGACGGCGAAACCAGGACUCCAGGCGCCCCCAGCCAGGCCACAGGGCGGAGCAUGUGUCCAGGGUCGGAGAGGUGGUCGAGGCGGGCACCGGGAGGGUCUAUGCUGCCUGCGGGACAUCCUUCUGCUACAACCGCGGGCGCUGCGUGUUCAACCGCUGCGUGUGUCCGCCCGGCUUCUACGGGUCCCGCUGCCAGUUCGGCGCGGGCGCGUGCGGGGGCGGUGGCUGUGAGCAGGAGUGCGGCAGCCCCGAUUCUGCGGGAGGAGCCGCCUGUGCGUGCAGGCCUGGGUACAGCCUGAGCCGCGACGGGCGGCGCUGCGAGGCGGCGGACCCCUGCCAGCUCGACAACGGCGGCUGUCAGCACCGGUGCGAGGUGUCCGACGGCCAGGCGCGAUGCUCCUGCCCGGAGGGCAUGAGGCUGAGCGACGAUCAGCGCACCUGCACCGACGAGGACGAGUGCCAGACGCCCGGCAUCUGCAGCCACCAGUGCCGCAACACCUGGGGCUCCUACACCUGCCUGUGCAAUUCCGGCUACCAGCUGGGCACCGACCACAAGUCCUGCUACAUGAUCGACAUGGAGGUGAUCAACUCUUGUCUGGAGAACAACGGCGGCUGCGAGCACAUGUGCCGCCACGCAGCAGGCGGCGCCGUGUGCAGCUGCCAUGUUGGCUACCUGCUUCAGCCUGACCAGAGAUCCUGCCAGGACAACAAUGAGUGCGAGUCGGGCAGCCACAGGUGCGAGCAGCAGUGCGUCAACACCCCCGGGGGCUACGCGUGCGCUUGCAGGCAGGGAUACACUCUCAACACUGACGGUUUCGCCUGCGACGAUGUGGACGAAUGCGCGCAGGAGAACGGAGGAUGUGAACACGAAUGCAAGAACACCCCGGGCUCUUUCAGGUGCUCUUGCAGGCGAGGGUACCUGCUCGUCGACCUUACACACUGCGACAUGAUCGACUAUGACUACGCCAGCAACGAAUUAGAGGCGAGAAUCACACAGCUUGAAGACGACAGCGAAGGCGACUCAACUCCCCCAGAACUCGACGAAUUUGACACCAUUACGUACGCAGAGCAAGCAAAGGUGGACAACAUUAUCACCCGUUGCGUCCCAGGUCACUUCGGCCCCGACUGCGCACUGACCUGUAGCGACUGCCCCGGCGAAUGUGACCCGGAGGCUGGGGGAUGCGUGUGCGAAGCGGGGAGAACCGGGCCGACCUGUGACCUGACCUGCCCCGAAGGCUUCUACGGCGUCGGGUGUAACGAGGUAUGUAGGUGUGAGAACGGGGGGACUUGUGAGGCUGUGAACGGGGACUGCAUUUGCCCCCCCGGCGUCUCAGGCAAGUUCUGUGAAGAUGGCUGCCCUGCUGGUUAUUACGGCGAAAAGUGCGAACGUCGCUGCCCCAUGAUGUGCCCCUCGAUGCGCUGCAACAGGGUCUUCGGCUUCUGCGAGUGCAAUCCAGGUCGCUUCGGGCCCAAGUGCAACAUGCCGUGCCCCCCGAUGACCUGGGGUGCCAACUGCCGCCACCCUUGCAAGUGCCAGUUGCAGAACACAGCGCGCUGCCAUCCCGAGAGCGGCGUGUGCGAGUGCCAGCCCGGCUUCGUGGGCGCCGACUGCUCCGAGGAGUGUCCGGCCGGGCGUUGGGGCGCAGGAUGCAACCACGAGUGCCAGUGUGCCGACGGUGUCACUUGUCGACCUGACACCGGUGCCUGUGUCGUCGACUGCCCGCCUGGCUUCCGGGGACCUGCUUGCAAUACGAGUUGCGACGCUGGACACUAUGGCCCGGGUUGCAUGAAAGUUUGCACGUGCGGGAUGCUGCCAUGUGACCCUGUCUCUGGCACUUGCUUGUGUCCAGCUGGCACCUACGGCCCUUCUUGUCUUCACCAGUGUUCUGAGGGCAAGUGGGGACAGAGCUGCCUUCAGAAUUGCCAGUGCCAGAAUGGGGGGAAGUGCAACAGAGUGACAGGCGAAUGCAACUGCCCGUUAGGAUACACGGGCCCCACGUGUGAGGCCCGGUGCCCGCCGGGGAGGUUCGGCAAGGACUGCGGCGAGACGUGCAGCUGCCUCAACGGCGCCGCGUGCCACCAUGUCACUGGGAGGUGCGAGUGCGCCGCGGGCUUCACGGGGCAGCGGUGCGGGCAGCCGUGCCCCCUGGGGCGCUUCGGGCCGGACUGCGUGCACAUGUGCGACUGCGACAACAGCGGCGGCUGCGACCGCGUGAGCGGCGAGUGCAACUGCGCCUCCGGCUGGCGAGGACCACACUGCACGCUGCCCUGCCCUGAUGGAACGUACGGCUCAGGCUGUGCCAUGAACUGCAGCUGCGCCAACGGGGCCAAGUGUGAUCACAUAUCUGGCGCCUGCAUGUGCACACCAGGUUGGCGCGGAACUUUCUGCUCUCGGCCGUGUCCCGACGGGUUCUGGGGCCAGGACUGCCGGUCCCACUGCGGGUGCAGCGCGGGGGCGACCUGCGACCCCACCACUGGCGCGUGCGUCUGUCCGCCGGGCAAACAUGGCCAGUUCUGUUCUAAAACAUGCCCCGUGGACCGAUGGGGCAGCGACUGCCAGCACGUAUGCCUUUGCCACAACGGAGGGACAUGCGACCGCGUGUCCGGCGCCUGCGUUUGCCCCGCGGGCUACACCGGCGCCACCUGUCAAGACAGAUGCCCCAAGGGAAGCUACGGCACGAAUUGCCAGCACACCUGUCUGUGCCAGCAUGGUGCCACAUGUCAGCACGAUACUGGUGCCUGCGUGUGUCCUCCUGGGUUCACCGGCACUUAUUGCGAAACUGGCUGCGAGGACAACCGGUUCGGGCCUGGCUGCGUGCUGGAGUGCGAGUGCCAGAACGGAGGCAAGUGCGACCCGGCAACUGGAGCGUGCCAGUGCCCCCCGGGCUGGCGCGGCCACAUGUGUCAGAAGCCCUGUCAGCGAGCAUUCUGGGGCCAAGGCUGUGAGCAGGUGUGUGACUGCGAACACGGGGCACAGUGCCACCACAUAACAGGGAAGUGCCAGUGUCCUCCUGGGUAUAUCGGCGACAAGUGCCAUAUCAUCUGUCCCGCCGGCUUCUUCGGCGAGGAAUGCAACGAGCGAUGCACGUGCGAUGACGGCGAGCCAUGCGACCACAUGACUGGUGCCUGCUCCUGCUCACCAGGUCGACGGGGAUCACAGUGCCAUCAGUACUGCCCCGAGGGCCAGUGGGGCGAGCAGUGCCAGCAGAGGUGCGAGUGCGAGGGGUCGUCCCUCUGCGACCCGGUCACCGGCGACUGCUUCUGUCCCGCGGGCCUGCGAGGUCGCAAGUGCCGCCGGGGAUGCCCUCGCGGCUACUACGGCGUCGACUGCGAACAGAAAUGCAAAUGCGCGGACGGCAGCGCUUGUGACCCCGUGAGCGGACAGUGCCAGUGUCGCCCAGGGUUCUUCGGCCCAACGUGCUCGCUGCCCUGUCCGGCUGGCACCUACGGCCCUAAUUGCAAUAUGACGUGCACCUGCGAGCACGGCGGCGUCUGCGGGAGUAACGGCGAGUGUCGGUGUCCCGCCGGGUACCGAGGGCCUCGGUGCGGAGAGCGGUGUCCGAGCAACACGUGGGGCUUCAACUGCGCCUUCGACUGCAAGUGCAACAACGGCGCCAUCUGCCACCCGGCCACGGGCGAGUGCCAGUGCGGCCUCGGGUGGACCGGGCAGCACUGCGACGAGGAGUGCGGCCCGGGCCGCUACGGGCCGGACUGCAAGCUGGACUGCGCCUGCCACCACAACGCCUCCUGCGACCGCUUCUCCGGCUGCUGCGACUGCGGGCCAGGCCGCUACGGACGCUUCUGCGAGCUAGAGUGUCCCGCUGGCUUCUACGGCGUCUACUGCAGCAGCGUCUGCGAGUGCGAGAAUAACGCCACCUGCGACCCCCACACCGGCCAGUGCCGCUGCCUCCCGGGCUUCACCGGCGGCACCUGCGCCGACGCCUGUCCUGCGGGAAUGUUCGGGCCGCAGUGCAGACAAGUGUGCGAGUGUGGAGAGUAUCCCUGCGAUAAGGUCAGCGGAGAGUGCCAGUGUCCUCCUGGCACCUAUGGUGAUAAUUGUGCCAAACCUUGCGGCCUUGGAAGGUAUGGCCCUGGGUGCAAGCAGGUGUGCGAGUGCCACAACGGGGGCAGCUGCCACCCUGAGACGGGGCACUGCACCUGCACCCCGACCUGGCUGGGACCCACGUGUCAGGAAAAGGACGUUUCAUUCAUUACCACAAGUGAUCAACGCGGUCGAGCAGACAUCCCUGUGGAACUAAGUUGAGUUUAGAAAUAUGAAGAGAAUUGCUUAUAUAAAAAAAUACCACGACCGCAAAGGAUUGAUUUCGAGAAUUCAAGAAUGAGAGGAAAAUACAGUACCUCAAAACAGGUUAGAAUGAUCACUUUAAUUGAUCGUUCGUUUCAUUAACAUAAUUUAUGCAGCACUGAGUUCUGUACUCCCAAUAUCCGUUUUAAGUUAUAACCACUUUUUAUUUCUCCAAGUCCUACCAUAAACCCCAAGAUCAAGACAUUCUUGAUUAUUUCCGGGUUUUAUACAGAACAAGGAUUUACAAGAUAUAAAUAUCCAAGGUUACGCCGUCAUUGUUGUAAUAACUGAUUUUAAUUGCUAAGGUUGUAUAAAAUGCUGAAGCUAUUUUAUGUAUGUAACUACCUGUAGAAGCUUUGUAAUCGGUUGCUUAAGUAAAUAUAUUCACUCCGCGCCUUUGUG